UCUUUUUUAUUGUAGUUGAAGAAUUGUUAAGGAGGUUCUUUUACCCAAAAACCGUCAUUCACUAGCAAAUCACUAGCUAAUCUUAUAAAACUACAAUGAGCUAAACAUGUCUUCAACUUCUACUAGCCUUCUUUUCUUUUUAAACCAAAAACUUUUCCAGACAGAUCCAAAUGAGCACUUUAAGAAGGAGCUGGAAGUAACAUUACUCGCUAUCAUUACCUGAUUGUUUUUGCUGCUAUGGUGUUGAAUAAAUGAUUGAUUACAAGGCAAUUGUAGAUGAGCAACAUCUGAUUUUUAAUAUGAUCUGCAUGUGGAGUUAUAAGAGACAUCAGUCAGAUCAUUUGAAAUUUAAAACUCUCUAUUACAGCUUUUGAAGGUAAGGUGGUAUCGUGUAUGCUUGAGGGAUUAUAAGUAUUAGACUUGUACUUUGUCUAAGUUCCUAUCUGCACCCAUAUGAAUGUCUAGAAAGUUAUAAGCCUUCCGUUUUCUGGAUAUGUGAAGUAGUACACAAAGGAAAAACAAACAUUCUAGCAUAUGUUUUGCUUGAAUGGGUAUAAUAAUCUAAAAUUAAGAAGAACAUGGGUAGCUAUAUGCCUAUAUCUUCCGAGUCCUACGACUUUACUAGCGUGUAAAGAAGUUCAGGAGUGGGGAUCCUUGACUUUCUAUAAGUAGAGUGGAAAGAAAAUUCACCUUUCCUGUCCUGUUUUACUUUUCCAGUCUACCAAACACGCCCUAAUCCCUCUCCUGCACGGUCUUGUUGCUGAGGCUAAAAAUUCUUGGGGGAGUGAAAAACCUGCUUUCUUUUACUUUAUAUUAAAUUUAACAUUUUCUUUUCUAAUUCAACGAUGGAUUUGAGAAUGCAACUUGGAAUGUAAAUAUGAUGUUCACUUACAGAACAUUAAAGAAAGAAGUGAUAACAAAACCAUUUAGUGUCUGAAUAUUUGCGUACAGAAAAAAAAACCCAUUCAAUAUCUGAAUCUAUUGUAAGAGUGCUUGUUGAGCAGUUACAGCUGGCAGAAAAGAAAAGUUGGUUUUUUGCCAAUGGAGAAGCCAACAGAUUCUAGCUUAUUUGUCAAUGAUGGUUCUUUCAUGGAGAGGUUCAAACAGCUCCAACAGGAGAAGGAAAAGGAGAAAUUGAAGGGUGCCUCCUCAAAAGAGUCUAAGACAACCUCCAGUAUAUUGGGAGCUUCAACUCCGAAGGCAGUCAUUAGUAAGCCAAGCCUGGAAUUUAAAGCUAACUCUUCACGGAAAACUGCCACAGUUGCUUCAGGUGGGAAACUUGCAUUCAGCCUGAAACAGAAAUCCAAAAUACCUGCACCUUCUGUUAAGCUAGGUGAAGAUGAGGAUGAUGAGGAUGAAAAAGAUGCUGGGAAUUCUUCAGGAGAUGGGCCAAUUAAACGGCAGAGGGUGGAGGAACCUCGUGCUCUGCACAAGCCUCUUAGACAAAUUGAUGUUGCACCAAAUCCCCCAAGUGAUCCAGCAGUGAAGAAAGUUGCAGACAAAUUAGCAAGUUUUGUGGCUAAGCAUGGAAGGCAGUUUGAGAAUAUCACUCGCCAAAAAAAUCCAGGAGACACACCAUUUAAGUUCUUAUUUGAUGAAAGCUGUCCUGAUUACAAAUACUAUGAAUAUCAACUUAGUGAAGAGGAAAAGGCUCUAUCACAGACCUGCGAAACCCAAACAUCACAUAGAGUUACUAGUACUGCUACACCCAACUCAACAAGCAGUUCUCAUAGGUCACAUCAGCAGCAUUUGAAUUACCAAACUCCUGCAUCAGCAUUGUGGGGAGCAACAGAGAAUACAAGUUCUUCAGAAGGUAAUGCAGGUCAUUCAAGCGGUCCAUCGGGGUCAGAUCCAAUAGCGAUGAUGGAAUAUUACAUGAAGAAAGCUGCAGAUGAAGAGAAGCUAAGGGCACCGAGAUCAUCGAAAGAUGAGAUGCCUCCACCUGCUUCUCUCCAAGUUCCAGGAAAGAAGGGUCAUCAUAUGGGGGACUAUAUCCCACCUGAAGAGCUUGUUAAGUUUUUGUCUACCUGCAACGAUGUAGCUGCUCGGAAAGCAGCCAUAGAGGCAGCAGAAAGAUCGAAAAUACAAGCUGAUAAUAUUGGCCACAAACUUCUGUCGAAAAUGGGUUGGAGAGAAGGUGAAGGACUAGGGAGCUCUAAAAGUGGUAUUGCAGAUCCAAUAACAGCUGGCAGUGUAAAAUCAAAUAACUUAGGUGUUGGUGCUCACCAACCCGGGGAGGUCACUCCAGAAGAUGAUAUCUAUGAUCAAUAUAAGAAACGAAUGAUGCUAGGCUACAAGUACAGGCCAAAUCCACUGAACAAUCCGCGGAAAGCAUACUACUGAGGCAAACUGCAAGCUUGUCGUCUACUCGGCCUACCUCUGUAUUAGAGUCACUUGUGUUUGUUAUAGCUUUCUUCAGGAAGACAAUAUUUAGAAGUUGAUGUUAUUCUGGUCUACAUACUACUUCUACAAGUUUGAAUUCGUUGUAUCUAAGACAUUGAAAUGACAUGUAUUGUGAACUCCGAUAUAUCUUUCGCCUCCUGGUCUCUUGUUUAUUCAAAGUUUCACUUGAACAAACAUAUCUACAUCAAUACACCAAACCCAUGCGAGUUUUGUUUUCUGA